AAGAAAAGAAACGUCUACAAAUAGACAUAUUGAGUGGGCAGCUUAGGGUUUUUGAAGAGAAACGAAUUUGGGUUUGUUUUUGGGAUUCUAAAAAACUCAAAACUUUCUUCUUUCCUUUUUUCUUUUCCUGUUGUCUUGUAUUCCGAAAGCUGAAUUGAGUUGGGUGAAGCAAUUCUCAGGAUGGGAAGAGGAAAGAUAGAAAUCAAGAGGAUAGAGAAUUCAACAAAUCGACAAGUGACGUUCUGCAAAAGAAGAAAUGGACUCCUGAAGAAGGCUUACGAGCUUUCAGUUCUCUGUGAUGCCGAGGUUGCCCUCAUCGUCUUCUCAACUCGUGGCCGUCUCUAUGAGUACGCCAAUAACAACAUAAGAUCAACCAUUGAGAGGUACAAGAAGGCUUCUGAUAACACCAACACUCACUCUGUACAAGAGAUUAAUGCAGCGUACUAUCAACAAGAAUCUGCAAAGCUGAGGCAACAGAUCCAAACGAUUCAAAAUUCCAACAGGCAUCUGAUGGGAGACUCUUUGAGUGCCUUAAGUGUCAAGGAGCCAUUAUGGUAUCUUGAUUGA